AGGAAAGGCAGAAAAACUCUGUGAAACAACCUUUCAAACGAUUUAUCCUGUCGAAGUUGGUUCAUAGUUUCGAAUAGAAGGAAGGAUUCGCUGUGGAAUGCGAGCAUUGGCGACUUUGUCGGUUUGUGGAAUUAAUUAGUGAACAAACACACCAGCAAAAUUUUGCCAUCAUCACAGACAGCCAUUUGCCGAGUGAUAAUUGAAUGUAAAGAUCAUUCACAGUACCAGUUAGCAAACACCCGCUGUGUUGUGUAAAGUUCUCGUGUUCUUGGUUCUAAUUGUCUGCUGUCAAAUUGUGUCAAGCCUUGGACAAAAUACUUGUCUAGAAGAGGAAACUCCGGGUGGGGAGGAGAAGAAGAAAGAAAAAAAACCCCGAAAGGUUUAGUGCACUUUAAGCGAAGGGGAUUUUUCACAUGUCGGGUUCGAUUCCGGUUCCGGUGGUGUUGCUUGCGUUGCUGGUCAGAUGACUUCCGAGGAGACAAACUGGCUUAGCUAUUACACUGUGAGAUUGCCGGUAGUUAGUGACUGUCCGGCAGGUCAAACUGCUAGAGUUACAUCAAACCUGCACUCUUCCAGUAGCACCAUGGCAAACAGCAGAGUGCCCUCGCCCCCGCUGCCGGAAGUCAACACGCCGGUGGCGGAAAAUUGGUGUUACACUCAGGUCAAAGUGGUCAAAUUCAGCUACAUGUGGACCAUAAACAACUUCAGCUUCUGCCGGGAAGAGAUGGGCGAAGUGCUGAAAUCCUCCACAUUCUCCGCAGGUGCUAAUGACAAAUUAAAAUGGUGCUUGCGCGUCAACCCAAAGGGUCUAGACGAGGAAAGCAAAGACUAUCUCUCCCUCUACCUGCUUCUGGUGUCCUGCAACAAGUCGGAGGUGCGGGCAAAGUUCAAAUUUUCCAUCCUCAACGCCAAACGGGAGGAGACGAAGGCGAUGGAGUCGCAGCGGGCGUACCGGUUUGUGCAGGGCAAGGACUGGGGCUUCAAGAAGUUCAUCCGGCGGGACUUUCUGCUGGACGAGGCGAACGGGCUGCUGCCCGAGGACAAACUCACGAUAUUCUGCGAGGUCAGCGUGGUGGCCGAUAGUGUGAACAUUUCCGGCCAAAGCAACAUCAUUCAAUUCAAAGUGCCAGAAUGCAAGCUGUCCGAGGAUCUGGGGACGCUGUUCGACAACGAAAAGUUCAGCGACGUCACGCUGGCGGUCGGUGGUCGGGAGUUCCAGGUGCACAAAGCAAUCCUAGCCGCACGCAGUCCUGUGUUUGCGGCAAUGUUUGAGCACGAGAUGGAGGAGCGAAAGCAGAACCGGGUCGCCAUCACCGACGUGGACCACGAAGUAUUAAAGGAGAUGCUGCGGUUUAUCUACACGGGGAAGGCGCCGAAUCUGGACAAGAUGGCGGACGACCUACUGGCGGCGGCGGACAAGUACGCCCUGGACAAGCUGAAGGUGAUGUGCGAGGAAGCGCUCUGUGUUAAUCUGUCGGUCGAAACGGCGGCCGAGACGCUGAUCCUGGCCGAUCUGCACAGUGCCGAUCAGCUUAAGGCGCAAACGAUAGACUUCAUCAACACCAGUCAUGCGACCGACGUUGUGGAAACGGUCGGCUGGAAGAACAUGGUGUCCACGCAUCCGCACCUGCUGAACGAGGCGUACCGAGCACUCGCGACGCAACAGAUACCACCGAUCGGCCCACCGCGCAAACGGGUGAAGAUGAGCUGA